AUGUACUUGACUAUUAUUAUAUUACCCUUGUUAGGGUCAAUUCUUUCAGGUUUUUUUGGGCGAAAAGUUGGUAUAUCAGGAUCACAAUUAAUUACAUGUACAUCUAUUGUUACAUUCAUUGAAGUAGACUCAGAAUUUUUAGAUAUUUCUUGGGAGUUUAACUUUGAUUCAUUAACAGUAUCUAUGUUAAUACCAGUACUUGUAAUAUCUUCCUUAGUUCAUAUUUAUUCUAUAGGAUAUAUGAGUCAUGAUCCACAUAACCAAAGAUUUUUUAGUUACUUAACUAACAAUUUUUUAUUAAUGUUUGUAGCAGCAAAUCAAAGUUCUCUUUCUGCGUUUCUAACAAAUAGAGUAGUAUUUUCGUUAAGUCCUUUUAUGAAUGAACAUAUAUUAACAAUCAUAGGCGUGUGUUUAUUAAUAGGGGCUAUGGCAAAAAGUUCUCAGGUAGGUCCUACACCCGUUUCUGCAUUAAUACAUGCUGCAACUAUGGUUACGGCAGGUGUAUAUUUGUUAAUGCGUUCAUCACCGUUAAUAGAAUACAGUUCUACAGUGUUGUUAUUAUUGUUUAGCUCUCUUAUAGGUUUAUUCCAACAAGAUAUAAAAAAAGUUAUAGCCUAUUCCACAAUGAGUCAAUUGGGUAUGAUGGUUAUAGCUAUUGGUUUAUCUUCAUAUAAUAUCACACUAUUCCAUUUAAUAAAUCAUGCUUUUUAUAAAGCAUUAUUAUUCCUAGGAGCCGGGUCUGUUAUACAUGCCGUAGCAGAUAAUCAAGAUUUCAGAAGAUAUGGGGGCUUAAUAUGUUUUUUACCUUUAACUUACACAGUAAUGUUAAUAGCUUCUUUAAGUUUGAUCGCAUUCCCCUUCAUGACAGGAUUCUACUCUAAAGAUCUUAUUUUAGAAUCAGCAUAUGGACAAUUUUACUUUUCAGGUACUGUGGUAUAUUUCAUAGCUACUAUAGGUGCUAUGUUUACUACAUUAUACUCAGUAAAAGUUUUAUAUCUAACUUUUUUAAGUAAUCCUAAUGGUUCUCUUGUAAACUAUAAACAAGCUCAUGAAGGUGAUUUAUAUAUGAGUAUACCUUUAAUAAUUUUAGCAUUGUUUUCUAUAUUCUUUGGAUUUUUAACUAAAGACAUAUUCAUAGGAUUAGGAUCUAGUUUUUUCAUGGAUAAUGCAUUAUUCAUACACCCUUCGCAUGAAAUAUUAUUAGAUACAGAAUUUGCGGUAAGAAAAUUUUUUAAACUUUUACCUUUAAUUUUAACUAUUUCAUUAAGCAUUAUAUCUAUUGUUAUAUCUGAAUACAUACCUUCUGUGUUACUUCAAUUUAAAUUCUCUAGAUUUGGUUAUAAUGUUUUUGGUUUCUUUAACCAAAGAUUUUUAAUUGAAUUAUUUUACAAUAGAUAUAUUACUAAUGUUAUCUUGAAUUUUGGGGGUCAAACCACUAAAAUACUAGAUAAAGGUUCUAUUGAAUUAGUUGGUCCUUAUGGACUAGAAGUAGGUCUGAUACAUGUAAGUAAAAAUAUAGGUAAAUUAGAUACUGGUAUUGUAACAUCUUAUGCUUUAUAUAUCUUAAUAGGUUUAAUUUUUUAUAUUUCUAUUCCAUAUUUAACAUAUUAUGAUAACAAUAUGUUAAUUCUAAUUUUAUUAGGUACUAUUACUUUAGCGUCUAAAAAAAACAAUGUUAUAAAUCUAUUUUAUGUAGUAUUUGGGUAG